CGUCAGCAAAAGUGGGAUGAAGAAGCCACAAUAAUUGAUACCGGCCUCUUCGCGUCCUCACUGUCCUAAAUAAACACAUCUCUCUCUCUGUCUUCUGAAUCAUUUCAAAUUUCAUACACAUAAACUAAAGUCUCAUCCUCACAAUGACAGGCAGAGAAAUUCUCCAUAAGAUGAAGAUGAAGGCUGGAUUCUGCGGAUCUGAAACCGGCAGAGGUAAAAGCAGGACAUGGAAAAACAUCUCCCACGGUUUUCACUUUGUCAAGGGCAAAUCAAACCAUCCCAUGGAGGACUACGCUGUGUCUGAGUUCAAAAAAGUGGACAAUCACGAUUUGGGUUUGUUUGCCAUCUUUGACGGUCACUUGGGACAUGACGUGGCCAAGUACUUGCAGACCAAUCUUUUUGACAACAUACUCAAAGAGAAAGAUUUUUGGACUGAUAUGGACAAGGCUAUAAGGAAUGCAUACAUAUCAACAGAUGCUUUUAUAUUAGAGCAGUCACUUCAACUUGGCAAAGGCGGAUCAACUGCUGUAACUGGAAUUCUGAUUGAUGGGCAAAAGCUAGUGGUUGCUAACGUUGGAGACUCACGGGCGGUGAUGUCAAAGAAUGGCGUUGCAUCUCAGCUCUCGGUUGAUCACGAACCAAGCAAGGAGCAAAAGGAAAUAGAGAGCCGUGGCGGCUUUGUGUCCAAUAUUCCAGGGGACGUUCCAAGAGUUGAUGGACAACUAGCGGUUGCGAGGGCGUUUGGAGAUAAGAGCUUAAAGAUACAUCUGAGCUCAGAACCAGACAUAACACACCAGACAAUCGAUGAUGAGACCGAGUUCAUUGUUUUCGCGAGUGAUGGAAUUUGGAAGGUGAUGUCAAACCAAGAAGCUGUGGACGCGAUCAGAAGCAUAAAAGAUCCACAUGAGGCAGCCAAGGAGUUGAUAGAAGAAGCAAUCUCUAGGAAAAGCAAAGAUGACAUCUCCUGUAUCGUUGUAAGAUUCUAAUAUAAUUUUUUCACCAAUCAAGUGUCUAAGAGAGAUAAAAAGACAUGUAAAAGCUCAAGCUAUAUGUGCUAUAUAUGUGACCAAUAUAAAGUCUGGUCUCUUGUAAAACCAUUGAUGAUAAAAUUUCGCCAAAAUGUAAAAGAAAUUUCGUGCAAAUGGUUGUUGGUCCAUUAGUCUAAA